ACGAGAGCCUAAGGUAGCCUUGUGCUGGCCAUCCCGGCUGUCCGUCCACCUCGUCAUUGCAACGGAGUAAAUAUAAAUACCCACGCUCUUCGCUCGGUACUGCACUCACCAACAGCAAAGCAAAUCCCCCAUUAUCCAAAUCAAUCAAUCACCCCCUCGAAUCACUCCAACAUGUCCAAAGUCUUCACCGUCUUUGGUGCGACUGGCAAGCAAGGCGGUUCCGUCAUCGACGCCGUCCUACGCAAUCCGGAACUGUCCAAAACCUACCGUUUGCGUGGUGUCACCCGCGAUCCCACAAAGGGCAAUGCAUUGAAGCUCAAAGAAAAAGGCGUCGAGGUCGUGGCUGGAGAUCAAAACGACCUGGCCAGUUUGCGCACAGCCGUGCGAGGCUCGUCCGCCGUCUUUGCCGUCACCAAUUUCUUCGAAAGUAUGAGUGGAGAGACCGAGUUCGCGCAGGGCAAAGCCAUGGCCGACGCCGCCGCGGCCGAGGGCGUCGAAUACUUCAUCGCCUCCACCCUUCCCAACGCCGCCGUCGUGACCAACGGCGCCCUGGCGCACAUUGACCACUUCAACAGCAAGGCCAAGAUUGAAGAAUACGCUCGCACCCUGCCCUUCAAGAGCGCCUUUUUCUGGCCCGCAAUGUUUGCCCAGGAAAUCAAUGGGCACGAUUUGAUCCCCAAAAAGCAAGACGAUGGCACCUACGCUCUAUACUGCAUCUGGGCACCAGACUCCAAGGUCCCUCUCAUCGACAUCGUCGCCGACACAGGCAAGUGCGUCGCGCAACUCCUCAAAGACCCCGAGCGAUGGAACGGCAAGCGCAUCUACGGCGCCGGCGGCUUCUACACCCCGACCGAAAUGGCCGACAUCCUCAGCAAGGAGACGGGCAAGACGGUCAAGUACGUGCAGCUUCCCGACAAGGUUUUCACGGGCUUCUUCCCCGAGCCGCUGCAAGAGGAGUUUUACGAAAUGUUCAUGCUCAUGCGCGACUGGAAGUAUUUUGGCCCCGAGGGCAAGGGAGCGGAGGCCGAGCUGGCGGAUAGCCAUGCUGCCAUGGACGAGAAGCCGACUACAUUUGCCGAGUUUGUUCGCAAGAACAAGUGGUUUGAUUAGACGUGUGUGUAUUGAUAAGCGGAUCUUAAAUAUAUUUGAGUGAACAAUGGCAUCUCUAUACUAUAUA